AUGUAUGAACUUUAUGCUUUUGAAGCUGGUUUUUCUGUUAAAAAAGGGCAAACUAAAGUCUGGAAUGGAAUUCCCACACACAAGUAUCUUCGAUGCUCAAAAUACGGGAAACCACAACCCAAGAGGACUUUUGACACACUAGAUGAAUCUUCUGUAAAGCCUAGGAGAACCAACUUCACAUGGUGUGACUGUAAGGCAAGCAUUCUAGUCUCAAUCUCUAAUGAUACAUACACAGUUAUGAGUUUCAAUGAUAUUCAUAAUCAUGAACUUGUUGAGAAUUACAACCGUGAUCUUAGCAAGAUAUCACGGAAGCUGUCAUUCUCCACCAAACAAUUCAUUCACAAUAUGAGUCUAAACCGUAUCGGACCCAUGAGAGCUUAUAGAUGUCUUGUAGCUUUAAAAGGGGGGCAUCAUAAUGUCAAUGGGACUCCGGUGGAUUUUAAAAAUUUUAGCUACCAGUUGCAAAUUUUUAUUGGUGAACGCGACGCACAAGUUUUCCUAGAACGCUUGCGUGAGCGCUUUGACAACCUACCCAACUUCUAUUUUGAUUAUACUGUAUCAAAUGGAAAGUUGUCUUCUGUAUUCUGGGCUGAUGAGAUUUCAAAGCUAAACUACAAAGCUUUUGGCGAUGUCCUCGCCUUUGACGCGACUUACAGCACUAACAGGUUAGUUCCCCCUUAA